AUGCCGAGAAUGCUCGUGAUACUCACUGUUGUCGCUUUCCAAGCUUUGUCCCUAACUUGCAUAGAUGCUAUAUCAUCGAUGGCAAUUGAUAUGGGCACUGAGUUUAUGAAAGUAGCAGUGGUUUUGCCAGGAAUGCCUAUGGAAAUAGCUCUUAACGCAGAUUCUAAGCGAAAAACAUCUACGGCGGUCGGUUUCAAAAACAAUGAGCGGGUUUUUGCCAGUCAUGCAGUUAAUUUGGCUUCUAAAUGUCCUGAAUGUGUAUACCAGUCUGUUCCAUCUCUUCUGGGGAAGACAUUAAAUCACCCCAUGGUGAAAGUUUUUCAGGAGCGUUAUCCUUAUCACAAUUUGUCUUAUGAUAGCUCAACCGGACAAUUAUUUUUUACUCAAAAGGAUGGAACAGUAUAUUCGGUUGAUGAACUGGUUGGCAUGCUUCUUGAAUAUGCGCAUGAUUAUGCUGAACAGUAUUCUGGUUCUGAAAUUAAAACUUGUGUGCUGACUGUACCGAGUUAUUUUAGUCAAGCUGAGAGACGUCGUCUCAUGUAUGCAGCUAAGAUUGCUGGCUUGAAUGUUCUUCAGCUUAUCAACGAUAAUGCUGCUGUGGCUCUAAACUUUGGCUUAUUUCGUCAUAAGAGCUUCAACGACACUCCUCAGUACUACGCAUUCUUUGAUAUUGGUUCAAUGAGCACAACUGCAACCUUGGCAGCCUACACUUUCGGCAAAAACAGAGAUGGAGAUGUUACCGGAGAGUUUCCAAUGCUACGGAUUGUUAAUGUCAGUCAUGAUCCAAUACUUGGUACAAUGGCAUUUAUCUAUCGAAUAAGAGAUUUGUUAGUUGAAAAUUCAGCGAAGCAAAAAAGAAGAAUAAAAUCUUGUAAUUCAAAAUAA